AUGUGCGCCGAGAUCAUUGCAAGUCAUUCUAUGCUCCACGCCCUUCCCAAUGAAAUCCUCACUCUUAUCUUCGAUCACUUGUUCGACGAUCAGCGCCAGCAAGCUGAGCUGGAUAAUGAUGUUCGCGAAUACGACCUUCCAACCACCUACUUAACACUCUACGCUUUAGCGCGCACCUGUCGCGGUCUGUCUCAAGUCGCAAGGGACAUUCUCCGUCAGAAAUGCGCAUGGGAAUUCCGGCACCCGAUCGGACCUUUCGCACAACGAGCACAGACCGAGCGUUAUCAUGGUAAAUAUCCAGAUUGCAGGCAAAUAGAGGUGUUGAGCGAUGCUAGGUGGGAUGGAAGGUCAUUUUACGACGGACUGGCAGAAGAAGAGCUCAAGGCAGCUUUGGCGACCCAAGAAGAUUGGCCAGAGAAUGUAUGGGAAAUACUUGAGAAAGAUCCCGCUCAAGUUCAGCUCGCAUUACUUGUCGCGAGAUCACCCAACCUGCGAGAGUUCAUUAUGGGCGCUCUGCACAUAGAAAUGGCGCCCGACGAUCUCCCCAUAUGGCUUUAUCCUAUCAUCCAGGGUGCGCACAGCAACUUGGUCAACGUCACACACGAUCCAGUCUAUGGCAACCUCCAGAUUGUCGACAUAGACAUGCAGAAUGUCAUUACCCCUCUUGUAGGCCACCUUUUUGCUUUACCGCUUUGGGCCAGUUGCAAACCAUGUGUCAGACUGGUUCCGCAUCAGCACUCGUGGCUGCAGGCAAGUUCGCUGAAGACGCUGCAGCUGGACAUGCUAGAGGAUUUGCCUGCGAUGUACAUGGUGUUUGCUCAAGGGCCUGAUCAGAGAGUAUCGGGGAAGCGACAAGAUGAAGGUGUCAACUGA